AUGUUUUUCAUGCGAGAUUCGAAAAAAUUGGCAUAUGAAUCCGAUUUAAUAUAUGAAAAAGCUGUGUUUGCUUGUGUCCACAGUGGACAACCAAGAGUACGUGGAGCUGGUCGUCGUCCUGAUCAACAUUAUUUAGCAUUAGGAUACCCGGCAAAAAUUCGUUUAUUAAAUAAAAAUAGCGUAUUGAAAAUCAUCAUUUAG